AUGGAGGUAGCCUCCAGAUCGAUACUGCGGAGGCACGCCCUCGAGUCCCAGCUACUGCGACGACCUUCUCCCUACCUUACCUCGCUGUCAAAAUGGCAGUGCUCAGCUUCCACCCUUCCGAGCACAAGGCGGCAGUUCAGCUCAACACCACGCAGGGCGGACCCUAACCAUGCUCCUUUCUUCGGAAUGGGGGUUGGCGGAUCGUCCUCGCCCAUGGCCACCCCGACGACAUAUUUCUCGCACCGCCCGCCGUUACCGGCAAACACGAUAAUCAGAUUCGUGCCCCAGCAGACUGCAUGGAUAGUAGAGCGGAUGGGGAAAUUCAAUCGAAUCCUUGAACCCGGGCUGGCAAUUUUGGUUCCUUUCCUCGAUAGGAUUGCAUACGUGAAGAGCUUGAAGGAAGCGGCUAUUGAGAUUCCGAGCCAAAAUGCUAUUACAGCGGACAACGUUACUUUGGAGCUGGACGGUGUGCUCUAUACCAGGGUCUUUGACGCUUAUAAAGCUAGUUAUGGUGUGGAAGACGCCGAAUAUGCGAUAUCUCAGCUAGCUCAGACGACGAUGCGAUCCGAAAUUGGUCAACUUACCCUAGACCACGUUCUUAAGGAGCGUGCGGUUCUAAACACAAAUAUAACACAAGCCAUCAACGAGGCUGCACAGGAUUGGGGUGUGACCUGCCUCAGAUACGAAAUCAGGGACAUCCACGCCCCAGAGGGAGUAGUGGAAGCGAUGCACCGCCAAGUAACUGCAGAACGAUCGAAGCGUGCUGAGAUUCUCGACUCCGAAGGUCAAAGGCAAAGCGCAAUCAACAUCGCAGAAGGUCGUAAACAAUCAGUCAUCCUUGCCUCAGAGGCUAUGAAAUCGGAACAGAUCAACAUGGCCAUGGGUGAAGCUGAAGCUAUCCGUCUGAGGGCCGAGGCUACAGCCCGCGGGAUUGAUGCCGUUGCUGCCUCUAUUCAGGGUGGUCAGGAAGCCGCCCGUGGAGCAAUCAGUCUUUCGGUGGCCGAGAAAUACGUAGAGGCAUUCUCCAAGCUUGCAAAGGAGGGUACGGCUGUUGUUGUGCCUGGUAAUGUUGGCGAUAUGGGUGGCAUGAUCGCGAGCGCGAUGGCUGUCUACGGAAAGGUCUCGGAGGGACAGGCGAAGGCGAUGGCUACAAAGGCUCUCCAGCCCAACGAGUCAGCCACCACAAAGGAGUCCUCUUCCAACGUGCAUACGUCCACAAGCAAAGUUACCAGCUUUGAGGACGCAGAACAGGCCUCAACGGGCACCACUGAAACCGGCCAAGGGGAUGUAGCGGCAAGCGUGCUGGGGGGAUUUGACCAGGCCAGCCAUCGAAACCGAUAA